GUGGUGACGUCAGCGCCGGGCGGCGUCGCCAUUGGCGGGCGGGGCGUGACGGGCGAUGUGGCGCGCGCUGCUGCGGGCCGGGAGCGCGGCCCCUCGGGGCGGCCCCGGCGUGAGGGGAGAGCGGCGGGGCCCGAGCGCACGGACCGCGAGAAGGUGUGCUACCAUCACGAUGCCUGAAGUGAACACAGAUCACCUGGAUGAGCAGCAGGUGCAGCUCUUGGCAGAGAUGUGCAUCCUCAUCGAUGAAAAUGACAACAAGAUUGGAGCAGAGACCAAGAAAAACUGUCACUUGAAUGAAAACAUUGACAAAGGUUUACUGCACCGAGCUUUCAGUGUUUUCCUAUUUAAUACAGAAAAUAAACUGCUGCUGCAGCAGAGGUCAAAUGCAAAAAUUACAUUUCCAGAUUGUUUCACCAACACUUGCUGCAGUCACCCUCUGAGCCAUCCACAAGAGCUGGAAGAAAAUGAUGCCAUUGGUGUUCGGAGAGCAGCACAGAGACGGCUGAAAGCAGAGCUGGGAAUUCCCAUGGAGCAGGUACCUCCAGAAGAAAUCUCCUACCUGACACGAAUUCACUACAAGGCCAAGUCUGAUGGCAUCUGGGGAGAACAUGAGAUAGACUAUAUCUUAUUUGUGCAGAAGGAUGUGACCCUGAACCCUGACCCCAACGAGAUCCAAAGCUACUGCUAUGUGACACAGAAAGAACUGAAACAGCUCUUGGACAAAGCUGCCAGGAAUGAAGUUAAGAUUACUCCAUGGUUCAAGCUGAUAGCAGAGACCUUUCUUUUUAAGUGGUGGGAUAACUUGAGUAACUUGAACAAAUUUGUUGAGCAUGAAAAAAUACACCGAAUGUGAAUAGCUGGGGUAAAAGGUGCUGAAGGCCAGCAGAGAUGUGUUGUCUCAUUAACACUGAUAAAUCAUGAUGUAUGUGCAAAGAAUUGGUCCACAUGGAGCAUGUUUUAUUUAUACAGAUGUUUUUUCUUCUGUUUUUGUCCCCUCUUCCCCUCAUCCUUGGUUCUCUUGGGCCUGUUAAGAUCUCAUGUGAAAUGGGUUACAGUAGCAUGAAACCCCUGGGUUCCUCUUCCUCCAUUGCCUGGUGAAAGAUCCUCAGCCUGUGUGCCCUGCACACCUGGGAGGGAGCCCAGGCACCUCCUGCCCAGCUCAGGCAGGACUGGGGUGUUCCCACUGAACUUAACCAUGCCUUAAGUAGUGAUUACACAUGACUGUGGGCUCUGCUGUGAUGUUGAGAAGACUAAUUGCCAGAAGAAAAAAACAAUUCAAAGUAAUCAGGAUUAUUUUUAAUUGCAGAAAGCAAAUCUCUCCAGCUACUAUACUCUGUAGUUAACCAAACCCAUAAAAGCUUAAGUAAUUGGAUUGCCUGUGUGGAGUAAGUUUGACUUUGAAGUGCUGACAUAUGUGUUAAAGCUUUAGAUAAUAAACAGUGUUUGGGGCAUUUUCCCCCACCAGG